CUAAACAAUCGACAAUUUCCGUAUCCUCCAUCUCAGCAGUCCAAUUUUGAUGAAAAAAAAGCAUAGAAAGGUGAAUUUUAAGGAUGCUAUAGAUUACGCCUCGUCGAAGAAAGGACCAGGUAGUAAUCUACCUCCAUUUUCCUUCCUGGGGAAAUAGUAUGGAUGUACGCCCCAAGAUAAUGGCAGGUCGAGAAAGGCCAGCUUACAAGCAUCCACAGCAUACACAGAAAGCUUUUGAUAGUCUUAAUCAGAUGAGAAAGUGUAGUUUAUUAUGUGAUGUUAUACUGGUAGCAGACGCUAUAGAAAUAAAUGCGCAUAAAGCUGUGUUAUCAUCAUGUAGUCAGUACUUCUACGCCAUGUUUACUGGUGAAAUGUCUGAAUCAAAAGCUGACCGAAUCACAUUACAAGAAAUAGAUGCUAGAGCCUUAUCACUUCUUGUAGAUUUUGUUUACACCUCUGAAAUUCAUGUCACGGAAGAGAAUGUACAGACAUUGUUACCAGCAGCCAAUAUAUUACAAUUGACAGAAGUACGAGAUGCCUGUUGUGAAUUCCUACAAGCUCAACUUCAUCCUUCCAAUUGUCUUGGUAUACGAGACUUUGCUGAUGUUCAUGCUUGCUCUGAUCUCUAUAAUUAUGCGCAAACUUAUACAGAACAACACUUCACGGAAGUGGUGCAUUAUGAUGAAUUUUUAUCUUUAAAUGUGCAGCAGGUGACAAGACUCAUAUCAAGUGAUAGGUUAACUGUCACGACAGAAGAACAGGUUUUUGAAGCAGUUAUGUCAUGGAUACAGCAUGAUCUGCUUAGUCGAAGAGAUAUUACAUCUCAACUUUUAGAACAUGUCCGCUUACCUCUAAUGUCUCAAGACUAUUUAGUACAACGAGUAGAAGAAGAACCUCUAGUUAAAUCUAAUAGUUUAUGUAAAGAUUUUUUAAUAGAAGCAAUGAAGUUUCAUCUACUUAAAGCUGAUCAAAAAAUCUCUUUUAAAACACCUCGAACACAGCCUAGAAACCCAAUAGGAUUACCCAAGGUUUUAUUAAUGAUAGGUGGUCAAGCACCUAAAGCUAUACGUAGUGUAGAAUGUUAUGAUUUUCAAGAAGAGAGAUGGUUUCAGUUAGCCGAAAUGCCAACCAGGCGAUGUAGAUGUGGGGUAGCAGUGUUAAAUGGCUCAGUGUAUGCUGUUGGUGGAUUUAAUGGAUCAUUACGUGUUAGAACUGUUGAUGUUUAUGAUCCAUUAAAAGAUACAUGGACAGCUUGUCCUAGUAUGGAAGCGAGAAGAAGUACAUUAGGUGUAGCUGUAUUAAAUGGUAUGAUUUAUGCUGUGGGUGGUUUUGAUGGCUCAACAGGUCUAGAUAGUGCUGAAUAUUUUGAUGUAAGAAUAGGAGAAUGGAAGAUGAUGGCUUCUAUGAGUGUAAGAAGGAGUAGUGUUGGAGUUGGAGUGGUUCAAGGUUUUCUGUAUGCUGUAGGUGGUUAUGAUGGGGCUAGUCGACAAUGUUUGAGUUCUGUAGAGUGCUAUAAUUCACUAGCUGAUAUCUGGAUACUUGUAGCAGAAAUGUCUUGUAGAAGAAGUGGUGCAGGUGUUGGUGUUGUGGAUGGUCUGUUAUAUGCUGUUGGUGGACAUGAUGGACCUCUAGUUAGAAAGAGUGUAGAAGUUUAUAAUCCUGAAACUAAUUCCUGGACACCAGUAGCUGAUAUGCACAUGUGUAGAAGGAAUGCAGGUGUGGUAGCUAAUAAUGGUUUGUUAUAUGUAGUUGGUGGGGAUGAUGGAUCUUCUAAUCUCGGCUCAGUGGAAGUUUAUGAUUCUAAAGCUGACACAUGGACGUUAUUAUCUUCUAGUAUGAUGACUGGGAGGAGCUACGCUGGUGUGACAGUGAUUGACAAACCAGUGUUAUAGCACAAGCCUAUGAGCUGUGAAUAAAAUGCCAUUGUGACAAGUGAUUGGCAAGUCAGUAUUUAUUAUAAGUAAAAUUUGGAGUGGCUUGUUUUAAGAUGUGAUAGUGAAAUGUUAAGAAGGAAAAUGAAAGUCUGCAUUUCACCUGUCUUCAUUAUCGGAGAAAUAUGUGAUAGUUAUUCAAGAUUCCAAGAUAUGUUAUGAGCAGAGAUGUUUCAUCACAACAUAUGAGUGACCAAAAUUCCCCCAAAAGAUCUCAAAUAAUGGAAGGAAAAUAAACAUUGUUGUCAUCAGAGGAAAUGUGUAACUUACAUGAAAAUGAAAGAUACUCUGUUAUGGUGGUUUAAGUUAUAAUACAGUUAAAUAAUAAUCCAAAAAAGUGAGGGUUUUAAUGGAAGGUAAUCUUUAUAAAGUAACAUUUUUAGAUCUUCAAGGAUAUUGAUAUGUGUAUUAUGCUAGAAAUAUACUGUAUGAUAUACAUUAUAUCAUAAUCUAGAAGUAUACUGUAUGAUAUACAUUAUAUCAUAAUCUACAAGUAUACUGUAUGAUAUAAAUUAUAUCAUCUAGAAGUAUAAUGUAUGGUAUACAUGUACAUUAUAAAACCAUAAUCUAGGAAUAUACUGUUUGAUAUACAUGUAUCAUAAUCUAGAAAUAUACUGUAUGAUGUAUCGAUCAUAAUCUAGAAAUAUACUGUACGAUGUAUCAUCAUCUAGAAAUAUUCUGUAUGAUAUACAGUAUAUCAUAAUCUAGAAAGAUACUGUGUGAUGUAUCAUAAUCUAGAAAUAUUCUGUAUUAUAAUAUGCAGUAUAUCAUAAUCUAGAAAUAUGCUGUAUGAUGAUAUACAUUAUAUAAUAAUCUAGAAGUUUGCUGUAUGAUAUACAGUAUAUCAUUACUUUGUAUUUGUGUUUUUAUAAAAUAAACCUUGUGCAAUGUUGACACAGAACAUGUUUAUUUGUUUAAGUUAUAGCACAGUUCCUUUGAUAAUGCUACCUGGUCAGAAUGUCAUUUUAACAGUAUAUUUUUUUAGUUGCAAUCCAGCAUUAUAUUUUGGUAUGGAAAUAUAAUAGAUAAUCUUACUGGUAUUUUACCUAAGGUUUAUAAGGUUUAAUUCAUAGUUGAUGGUCCACCUUUUUAUAGACCCACAUUGAAAUGGGCAAAACAAAUUCUAAUGAUUUUUUGAUAAUUACAUUUGUACUUAAUGAGUUGUUACUCUUAAUCAGAUUUUAGUGUAUUAUAAAUCUUUCAUUACCAACAAAAGUAAAAAUAUGCGACAACUCAUUUUGACUGCCCGAACGAUUUAGCUGCUGUUGUCGUACAUGUAUGUUUCGUUGCCUGUCAACCUAUCUGUAUUUUGUGACAAUAGAUACAUAAUGAUGAUAGCUAUCUGAAUAAACUUUGAGAUAAUUUCUAUGUAGUAACAUCUUUAAUGCCACCAGAUCUUUUCAUAUGGCAUGGCACCCUAGAGCUGAUAAAUGAAUCAAUCAAAUUUAUUCAAAUAUAAUUUUUCUAACAAUUGAUUCGAGUAGCUAUCAUUAGUAUCCAUCUUGUUGAAACUAAACCUUUACCCUACUUUUAUAUCUGUGGCUAUUAAUUUGAACAUCAUACUUGUUGAAAUUAUGCACCGGAAUACAAAGUCAAGCCAGUCAAAACAUGAAUGUUCACACAGAAUUAAGAAACUAAUUUAGAACUGCAAAGGAUUAUAUGUGAUCUUUUUAUGAAUUCUUUAAAUAUUAGUCAACCACUCUCAACUACAAAAUACUUUAUGCGAGUCAAGGGAAUGUUUUCCGACCGUGUAGGAUUAUUAAAGGAUCUGGUAAUGUAUAAUUGUUAUAUAUAUUUAUCAUUUUUAUAUGGUAAACUCCGGUUAGGCUUGCCUGAAUUCAUUUUAGCCUUAAUUUAUACAUGUAUUUCUAGCUUUCAGAGAGGAUGAAUGAAUGUUUGCUGAAUUUCUAUUUCUGGCAUCUUGGCAUAACCAGACUGUGAGAUAUUAUUAUGGACUACAACUUGUUAUUUAUAAAACAUGGUUAUAUCAAGAUGCAUUUCUGCAUGUUUUGGGAUUUGUUAACAAUUAACAGUACUCAUUUGAGCAUGAUAUCUUUUUGAGAUUUUAAAAAGAAUAUAUUAAAUAUUUAUAUUAAAUUAGUGCUGGUUGUGUUAACUUUGUAUGUGUUGAGUCUUGAAAUUAAUUAUUGUGCUAAAUUAAAUUUCUUCUAUAUUACAUCACAUUUAUUUGUUACAUAUAUAAUGAACUUUACAUGCCUAUAAAUUAAAAUGUUUAUUUUUUUGCAAUUUGAAGAGAUGAAAGGAUCUGGCAUUUACAAUUUCAUUUGAUGGAAAUAAAUUUCUGUUAAACAUAUAAUGAGUCAUCUCCCUUGUAUUUUGUCAUCUGGUUAACUUGUCAUUGGGAAAAAUCGGAAUAUAGUGCAGUUUAAGAAUCACUGAAUCAUUUCUUUUGAAUAUGCUGAAAAACUUCUGUAUUCUACAAAUGUGUUAAAAACUUUUUAGAAUUUCUUCAAAAGCAAAGUCUUCUAUUCUAUAUAUGCCAUUAAAAAAAAAAGUUGCUGAAUUUUUCAGGUAUUAGACAAACAGCUGUUAUACCAAACCUUAAAAAAUGAAUUAAAAUGUGCUGUUCAUUAGUCUCCUACCGAUUAAACUGGAGGGGACAGUUGACUGAUUUUUGUUCUCCUUUUUUCUGAUUCGACUAGCAAUUAAUCAAAAACUUAUGUGAUUUCUUGUUGAGAUUUUUAAACCAUAAAAUUUAAUUCUAUGGAAUUUUUCUUUCACAAGUUGUAACAGUGCUUACGUGUACCAAUGAACAAGGCCAAUAAUACCCAGGCUAGGCCCUGGUUUGUGUUAUUUUUAUCCAGAAAAUAAUAGUUUUCAGAUAAAUGAUGUUCAAGAGAUGGUUAUGUUGAUCAGUAAUUUAAUUAUGUUUUGUCUCAGUUGUAUGUGUCAUUAAAUGUGUUUGUUACUGUAAUAACAAGUGUGAUGAUUAACCAUUUUGCUAGAUUUCAAAAUUAAGAUUGUUCAUCUUUACUUUAUUUAUUAUAUAUCUUUCACUUUGGUAUCCAUCAUUUAUUUACUGGUCUAUCUUUUAACAGUUGAUACUCUUUGAAAAUGUCUUCUAUAUUAUGUAAAAUGGUUGUGAAUUGUCAACUCCACUCCAACCUACCAAUCAAAACCUGUCAUUCAGAAAAUUCAGUUACAUGUAAUUGUCCAGAAAUUUGAUUGGUCAAAUAUAGAAUUAUGCUGUUGCCACAGGCCACGAUCAUUGUCUGUGAUAUCCCUUUCAUGGAAGCAGACGUUAAACAACCAAGAAGAAGGCCAGGAACACACUUUUCUUUAGAUGUUAAUGGAGUGAUUAUCAGAAUAAAUCAAAUGAAAAUAACAGCUGACUUAAGCAGUGGACACAUUAACCGAAUUAUUCGGCCGAAUCAAUCGGCGCCGAAUUUUAUUCGGCCGAAUGGGUGGACACACUAGCCGAAUGCUUCGCCCGAUUCACUAGUCGAUUGCAUCACCUUUCACGUCACAUGAUUAACCAUGGCGGCGUCUAUGUCUUCAAACUAUCACGUGACUUCUCGAUAUGAGUGGUGAUUGGCUAAUGAAUUCUACAUUCGGCUGAAUGCUUCGGCGAAGCGGACACACCAGGCGAAUAUAAUUCGAUCGAAUAUAUCAAACCUGUUUGAUUCGGGUGAAUCAUUCGAUUGAAUGACAGUGGAAAUACUAGGAGAAUUUCGACGCCGAUUGAUUCGCCUGAAUCAUUCGGCUAGUGUGUCCACCGCUUUACAUUUGACAGGCAUUUACCCUUAUUACCCAAGUCUUUUGAUCUUUUUACAAAUCAAUUAGUUAAAGAUUUGAUCUAGCCAAAAAUAGUCUCAAAGCCUUGGUGAUUUCCUAUGGUAUUAAUUUUAAUAUUUUAAUUCAAUAUAUACUUGUCAUCACUGGCUAUUGAGUCAUUGACAAUAGUACGUAUAAUAGCAUUGAUUAUAAACAAAAAAGAACAAAAUCUAUGCUUUCUGUGUCCAAUAAUAAUAUUUUGUUUUUAGAAUUAUUAGCUGUUUAAUAAUUAUGCAUUUAUUAAUUUAUAUAUUCUUAACUAUUAAUGUAUUAUAAAUAAGUAUGUUACAAUUUACAAGAACAAUAAACCAUUGGUUUUUUUUAUGGAUUUUAUUUUUAUUUGUUGAGGAAAUUUUCAUAAUUUUGCUUAUGUAUUCAAUUCACAAAAAAAAUCCAUUUUUGGAAUGGUAGGGCCUAAUCAAUUAUUUUUUUUUUAUCUUCUGAUUAAACAAGUAAAAUUAAGUGCUAUCAGUUGCAUAACCUGGGUAACAAGGCAAGUAUUGUGCUCACUUACCCAUGGGCAUUUAGCACUCCCAGAGUCCCUUCCACCAGUCCAAUUCUUUAUCCCCUCCUAAACACAUGUAUUGUAUUAUAAGAAAAUACUGAUGUAAAUAAAAUAAUUCACUAUUA